GGAAUUCCAUUUGAUUAUUUUCUUCUCUUAAUUAAAUUUGCAUCCUUCUGAUCAUCACAUCUUUCCUUCUGCUAAUUAAUACUACAUAAUUUCUGUCCUGUUGAGAAUUCUUGGAAGUUGGAACUGUUCAUGAUUGUACCUGAUAAGUUUCUAGGCUACAUUUUCUUCCAAUCUUAUUUCUUUCCCAUUUGACUUUUUGAGCUUUUUUUGUGUGCUAAAUUCACUGUUUUGGUUAGUGGGAAUAGAGGAAAAGGAAUAAGCAUAUAAUAUAGUAGUAUGUAUAAUUCAAGUGGGAUGGGGAGAGGAGGAGGUUUUAUGUAUGAGAAUGAUGGGGUGGUGAUGACAAGAGAUCCAAAGCCAAGAUUGAGGUGGACUGCUGAAUUACAUGACCAAUUUGUGGAUGCUGUAACUAAGCUUGGUGGUCCUGAUAAAGGUUUUGGCUUUACAGAAGCAACUCCCAAAUCAGUACUGAGGUUAAUGGGCUUGAAGGGUUUGACACUAUACCAUUUGAAGAGUCAUUUGCAGAAGUAUAGACUUGGACAGCUGGCCAAGAAACAAAAUGCAGCGGAGGCAAACAAAGAGAACUGUGGGGACUCCGGACAAUUUAGUUUGCAUUCCUCAGGCCCCAGUACCUCUUCAUUAAGUAUGAACUUUAUGCAAGGAGAAGUCGUCCCAGUCGCAGAUGCAGUAAUGUAUCAGAUUGAAGUUCAGAAAAGAUUACAGGAGCAGCUUCAGGUGCAACAGAAAUUGCAAAUGAGAAUAGAGGCACAGGGCAAGUAUUUGCAAGCAAUAUUAGACAAAGCUCAGAAGAAGCUCCCCAACAUGAACUCUCCUAGUGCACCAGAAGCAACAACAGCUCAACUCACUGCUUUCAGUUCACCUCUGUCAAAUUUACUGGAUUACACAGUACAUGGAGAGAACCGGGAUAACAACAUAGAGCUGUUACCAACACCUAAUCACAUCGUUGAGAAAGAACAAAAAAAUGAUAUGAAUUCCAUUAAUUUCGAUUUGAACUCAAGAAGUAGCUUUGUAUGAAGCGUUAAUGACAUGACAUAUAGUCAAGCCUUCUGCAGAAAUAACAGUACAAGAUUGUCAUUGA